AAGCUAUGGGCGAGAGGUCGUCGAAUGCCAUUCUAUGCUCUUUAAUGUUGGCUUGCUUAGCCGGAAGGCACAGCGGUUUUCAACCGACGACUACCAUAUUAGUCCGCCAAGGGGAAUUCCGUUACUUGCAUGAGGGGGAAAAUUUGUUCAGUUGCUGACGUAAAUGCGUAAUAUCAACAUUGUGCUUUCGUGUGCUAUUCAAUAGUCUGAUGACAGAACGUAGUGGAAGAACAUCCGGCUCUUUAAAAAACUCUUCAUUAUUUUCCCGGUCCCGGCGGAUACUGACGAGGAUACAGCCACCGCUACUGAACCAGUCUAACAAAAGUUGAGAAUCUUCAUGGAACUGGGAAAAGUAAACGUCGGACUAGAGAUUGAUGAAGAACAAAGCCUUCCACUCGAUUCACAUGAAUCAAAUUACGGCACGCUACACAUACCACAUUUGACUAUUCACCGUGAUGACGACCACGCCAGUCUUUCGCGAAAAAAGGAAAAACCGAAGAUUGUCAUACCCGAAGAAACUGAUGAAGAGGUUGAUCAAUCGUGCACCUUCAUCGGAAACGCAUUGGAAAAAUUUUGGAUCUACUUGAACGAUUUUGCCACGAGAAGAGAGCAGUUGGUUCGCGGGUUAAUCUACGUGAUAUUGGCCAUUCUUUACAACGCAUACUUUGUAGCCAGCGUCUAUUAUUCGAUUAAAAAUGGCAUACCGAUGGAUUGGUGCGGAGGUGUUGGUUUGCUAAUCAUACUCACCGUCAUCAGCUACGUGGGUCUCUUUUAUUUUCAAAUUGUCAAGAAAUUCUGGGGCGAAUCCAUCGAUCAAAAGGUUUUGCAACCCAUUGAUAGGUCGUUUGAUCGCGUUUGGAAAUACCGGCUGGUCCAGUAUGGAAUUUACGUAGCAAUAAUAGCUGCAUUGAUUGUGUUCCUUGUUAUUGAUACGGCUGACGAUCGAUAUCGACUCAUCUCGUUUCUUGGUUUAAUUAUUUUCCUGCUUCUCGGUUGGAUCUUUUCUAAACAUCCGUCCAAAGUGAAAUGGAGACAUGUGACCUGGGGCGUGGCGCUUCAGUUCAUUUUUGGUUUGAUUGUGUUACGAUGGGAUUUUGGUCGCCAGGUCAUUCAAUGUCUAGGCGAUAAAAUCACCGUGUUCCUGGAUUAUUCCAAUGCCGGAUCAGGCUUUGUCUAUGGCUAUUUAGUAACCGACAGCAAUAUGGCGGGGAUCACGCUAGGAACGGUCUUUGCCUUUCGAAUACUCUCUGUAAUCUUCUUCUUUAGCUUCUUCGUCAGUAUUCUCUACUACUACGGGAUCAUGCAGUGGGUGGUCCAGAAAAUCGGAUGGCUUUUGCAGAUCUCUAUCGGAACAACAGCCGCUGAGUCCAUGAAUGCUGCUGGAAACAUUUUUCUAGGUCAGACGGAAGCUCCAUUGUUAAUCAGGCCGCUUCUUCCUCAAAUGACAAAAUCUGAACUUCAUGCCGUCAUGACGGGCGGAUUCGCUACCAUAGCAGGUGGAGUUCUCGCUGCAUUUAUUAGUUUCGGAAUCAGCGCUUCCCAUUUAUUGUCGGCUUCCGUGAUGUCUGCACCAGCCGCUUUGGCUUUUUCCAAACUGUUCUAUCCUGAGUCGGAAAAAUCGCAAACUAAAGCCGGAGAUGUAAAAAUCCCCAAAGGAACAGAGGCCAACGCCCUUGAUGCAGCAGCGCAGGGAGCUGCAAACGCAGUCUUUUUAGUACUUAAUAUCAUAGGCAAUCUUAUAGCAUUUUUAGCUUUUAUCGCCUUCCUUAAUGGAAUCAUAUCUUGGUUCGGUGGUCUCCUCGGUGCUCCAUACGUUACCUUUGAGUACAUAAUGGGUAAAAUCUUCAUUCCUGUCGCCUGGUUGAUGGGCGUUCCAGCAGCCGAAUGUGAUCUAGUCGCCAAUCUUGUGGCACUCAAGACGAUCGUAAAUGAGUUUGCGGCAUACAGCAAGUUAUCCGAGUAUAUAGCGCAAGGAAUCAUAUCGAAAAGAGCCGAAACAAUCUCCACGUAUGCAUUGUGUGGCUUCUCCAAUCCUGGAUCGAUUGGAACACAGAUUGCCGCAUUGUCUACCAUGGCUCCCGAUCGACAGUCUGAUCUGGCACAAGUUGCUUUCAGAGCUUUUGUAGCCGGUAGCGCUGCUUGUUUCAUGACUGCCUGUAUUGCAGGUACACUAAUAUCUUCUCCUUCAGACAUUCCAGCAACAACUGCCUUCCCACCUUCCACCUUUUCAUUUACACCCAACAUGACGGCCCUAUUGUGAUGAUUAUUGGUUGUUUCCUUUUGGACAACGAUCUAUAGAUCAUGGUUGUAUCUGAUUUUGACGAAGGAUUCGUAGUGUUAAUUGCUCCACUAACGAAAGCCUUAUCGACAUUCAUAAUUAGCGUUGUCAACUGAGCAAUCUGUAUAUGAUAUACAAGCUUUAUUGAUACAA